AUGUUUGGGAUUCAGGAAAAUAUACCAAGAGGUGGGACGACCAUGAAAGAAGAACCGCUGGGCAGUGGGAUGAAUCCAGUCCGAUCAUGGAUGCAUACUGCUGGGGUAGUGGAUGCUAACACAGCCGCCCAAAGCGGUGUGGGGCUGGCUCGGGCACAUUUCGAGAAACAGCCGCCUUCAAAUCUCAGAAAAUCCAAUUUUUUCCACUUCGUCUUAGCUCUGUACGACAGGCAGGGACAGCCAGUGGAGAUUGAAAGAACAGCUUUUGUGGACUUUGUGGAGAAAGAGAAAGAGCCAAACAAUGAAAAAACUAACAAUGGAAUUCAUUAUAAACUUCAGUUAUUGUAUAGUAAUGGAGUUAGAACAGAACAGGAUUUGUACGUUCGUCUAAUAGAUUCAAUGACCAAACAGGCGAUUGUCUACGAAGGGCAAGACAAAAACCCCGAAAUGUGCCGAGUCCUCCUGACACACGAAAUCAUGUGCAGCCGAUGCUGUGACAAGAAAAGUUGUGGCAACAGAAAUGAAACACCUUCAGACCCUGUUAUCAUUGACAGAUUCUUUCUAAAGUUUUUUCUCAAGUGCAAUCAGAACUGUUUGAAGAAUGCAGGCAACCCACGAGAUAUGCGAAGAUUCCAGGUUGUUGUAUCAACAACAGUCAAUGUGGAUGGCCACGUUCUGGCUGUCUCAGACAACAUGUUUGUACACAACAAUUCCAAACAUGGAAGGCGGGCUCGCCGCCUUGACCCCUCAGAAGGUACGGCCCCUUCUUAUCUGGAAAAUGCUACUCCGUGCAUAAAGGCCAUCAGUCCUAGUGAAGGCUGGACUACUGGUGGGGCCACAGUCAUCAUAAUUGGAGACAACUUCUUUGAUGGCUUGCAAGUUGUAUUUGGAACUAUGUUGGUCUGGAGUGAGCUGAUAACACCCCAUGCCAUCAGAGUUCAAACCCCACCACGGCACAUUCCUGGAGUUGUUGAAGUAACUCUCUCCUACAAAUCCAAGCAGUUCUGUAAAGGUGCUCCUGGACGAUUUGUCUACACUGCCCUUAAUGAACCAACCAUAGAUUAUGGCUUUCAAAGGUUGCAGAAAGUUAUUCCACGACAUCCAGGUGAUCCCGAAAGGUUACCAAAGGAAGUAUUACUUAAAAGAGCAGCUGACCUUGUUGAAGCCCUAUAUGGAAUGCCCCACAACAACCAGGAAAUAAUCCUGAAACGAGCAGCUGACAUUGCUGAAGCAUUAUACAGUGUGCCACGCAAUCACAACCAGAUUCCUACUCUUGCCAACACUCCAGCUCACACUGGCAUGAUGGGAGUGAACUCAUUUAGCAGCCAGCUAGCAGUUAAUGUUUCAGAAACAUCACAAGCUAAUGACCAAGUAGGUUACAGUCGCAACACAAGCAGUGUUUCCCCGCGAGGAUAUGUUCCAAGCAGUACUCCUCAGCAGUCCAAUUACAACACAGUCAGCAAUAGCAUGAAUGGAUAUGGCAAUGCCGGCAUGCCCAAUCUAGGUGUACCAGGUUCCCCUGGAUUUCUUAAUGGCUCCUCAGCUAACUCUCCUUAUGGCAUAGUGCCGUCAAGCCCUACAAUGGCAGCCUCUUCGGUCACCCUCCCUUCAAACUGUAGCAGUACACACGGCAUUUUCUCAUUCUCACCUGCCAAUGUCAUCUCUGCAGUGAAACAAAAGAGCGCCUUUGCUCCAGUUGUCAGGCCCCAAGCCUCUCCUCCACCAUCUUGCACCAGUGCAAAUGGAAAUGGACUUCAAGAAUUCUAUUUUGGACGAGAGAAACAGGUAGAGUCAAGGACCAAUGGAGGACAUAUGACUUGGCAGUACUUUCUUGUUGCUUCUUCAGUAUCACCUUGA